AUGAGUCAAGAUGGUAUUGCAACUACAGCCAGUACAACCUUUCCUUCAUUGUUGAAACAACAACAAGUAUCGGACCAUCAACAAAAUAGCUUGGCUAAUGAAAACAAAAACACAAUGAUGAUGAACGGAAGUAAUACAAGAGCUGAAGCUGCUCCCAUAACAACAACUAAUCAUACAAGCUGCAACAAAAAUCCGCAGAAUGGAAUUCAUCCUACAAUUACCUCAUCGUCAUCACUACCAACAAGAACAUUCAGCAAGCUCUACUCUCGUCCUUCAAUCGAUAAAGGAGAUUGCGAAUUUCUCCUCGAGCUGGAAACGUCUCUUUCCAACAAACUCUGUGGUAUUGACGCGUCUUCCAAGGACUUUCUCACCAAUCAUGAGGAGAUGUUAAUCUUGCCAAACGAAGUAUCGUUCUCUUCUCCUCUGGAAGAAGCGUACGAUAGGUUGGGCGAUUUUUGUAAUGAGUCACUCUCCAAGUAUGUGCAACAUGAAAGUGGUGAUGGAAACACCAAAAUCACUCAACCACCUACAAAUGAAUCGUCAUCAUCUGCAGUAACUUCUCCUCCCAUAAUGACGAAUGAAAGAGAAAUUGGUGUUGAACAAGCUUCAUCCAAGUAUCUUGAGGAAUUAUUUGAUGCAAUCUGCGAGGAUUAUCUUUCAACUCAAACAUAUGAAGAAUUAAUUCCCUCUCCCAACGAUGACGAUACAAAGAAAAGAAAACCUGGUGAAGGAGUUAAGGUUCAUAUUCGUAAAAAUAGUGCCUUGUUAAGGGAUCCACAUAAGCCAACAUUGUUGGUUUCUACCUCACUUAGAAAAACAAAGAGACCCAAGAAAACAAAAGAAGAGAAGGGAAGCUUUGAAGUAGCCUUUGAAAUACCCAUGAACAAUUUCAACGCUCAAUAUGUGGUAGAGGAGUUUCAAAACUGUAUGAGUUCACAUUAUCACUUUUCUGAGAACAAUUCUCAAUUGAAAAACAAGAAAAAUUGGAUUGAUUCAUUUGUGACUAAUCGAGUAGAAUUUACCAAACAAUUGGAAGAUUUUUCAAGAGCUAUUAUUCAUCAGAGAUUGAAUGAAACGCUUACAGCCAAGACCUCGCUCACCUCUAGAGGCGCCACUACCACCAGUUUCAGUGGAAGGCAUUCCCGAAUGCUACAACUUGCUCGAGAAGCUGCUGCAAAAAUCAAUGACAAGCAUCACAGAGAGAGGAGCGAACGAGAAUCUUCUUUGGACGAGACUUCUUCAGUGCUGUCAGACAGAUUGGGAACUUUUUGGAAACGACACGAAAAGGAAAUUUCUGAAAAGAGAAAGCGAAAGAAGAAAGAGGAAGAAGAAAAAGAAGAGGCGUUACGACAACAAAGAAAGCUGAAUUUCUUGCUUUCCCAAACAGAGCUCUAUUCUCAUUUCAUGUCGAGAAAGGUGUCGUCACUGGAUCAAACUGGUGCUUCAUCAAACGAAGAUGGUGAGCAAUCUUCUAGAGAAAGAGCCUUACAGGCAUCUGAAAAACAGAAACAGUAUACUAUGGACUUUGAUGCUGAGACUGGCAAAUAUAGAACUCAAUUAGAUGAGGAUAAAAUCGAAACAAGUGAAGAUAUUCAAGAGGAGCCAAACAUUUUCAAUGGUACCCUCAAGAAAUAUCAAUUGAAGGGUAUGAAAUGGCUAGUCUCACUCUAUGAACAAGGUAUCAAUGGCAUUCUUGCAGACGAAAUGGGUUUGGGCAAGACAAUUCAAACAAUUGCAUUCAUAGCCUAUUUAGCAGAAAAGAAGGGAAUUUGGGGGCCUACACUCAUUAUUACUCCUUCAUCGACACUUCACAAUUGGCAACAAGAAUUUGAAAAGUUUUGCCCCACACUUCGAGUUCUUCCUUAUUGGGGAGCUCUAAAGGAAAGAAAAUUAUUGAGAAAAUAUUGGACAAAUCCUGACAAACUGUAUCAAAAAGAUUCGCCAUUCCAUGUCGUGAUUUCAAGUUAUGGCCUUAUUUUAGAAGAUGAGAAGUAUUUCAAAAAGGUGAAAUGGCAAUAUUUGAUACUCGAUGAAGCUCAUGCCAUCAAGUCAAGCAAGAGCUUGAGAUGGAAGACGCUUUUGGGUAUGAAGUGUAGAAACCGUAUGCUCCUCACAGGUACUCCCAUCCAAAAUAACAUGAAAGAACUGUGGGCUCUACUCCACUUUAUCAUGCCUUCUAUCUUUGACUCUCAUGACGAAUUCAAUGAUUGGUUCUCUAAAGACAUUGAAUCACAUGCCUCUAAGGAACAAGAUGCUAAACUGAAUGAGCAACAACUCGCUCGGUUGCACAUGAUUUUGAAACCUUUCAUGUUGAGAAGAGUGAAAAAGGAUGUUGAGAGCGAAAUGGCACCCAAAACAGAAUUGGUGUUACAUUGCGGCUUUAGCUCUCUUCAAGCAGAAAUGUAUAAAUACAUUAAGGAUGAUUUCAAAAAGAACUCGGCCAAAGAAAAGAAAAAGAAGAAAGCAAUCACUGCUGAGUCUGCAGCAAACAAGUCAGCACUCAUGAAUAUUGUGAUGCAACUCAAAAAAGCAUGCAAUCACAUACACUUAUUUAAGGAGUUUAGACAAUACGUGGUCACUCCUGUUGCCUUCUCAGAGCACCCAGGACAUGUUAAACACAUUCCUGGAAAGAUUUAUGAUGAAUAUGAAAAUUUGAAAAAUCCCAUUUCUUUAACACUACCCAAGAUAGUUUUUAGAGAAAUGAUGCCAGAGGGAUCUCUUGACACAGAGGCAAAACAGUUAUCCAUAUUCAAAAGGUUUAAUUUUUCCCAAGAUCCAUCCUAUCUUCUUCAUAAUUAUGGAACUUUAUUUUAUUAUUUGAAAGAUUCUUUGUGGAGGUUGUACAAGCUACGGAACUUGCGCAAUCGACUGGUGGAGUUUAGAAAUAGAAAGAAGACAUUCCAAUUCUUCAUGGACGAGCUUGUCGCUGAACAGCUAACUGCUCAUAUCCAUAGAUGUGACAUGCUUAUUCACAACAUUGAAACUCUCUUCCGUAAUAAUGGAACAAUUAUUAGAAAGGUGAAAUGUUGCUUUGAAAGGGUUAUGGCACCUCCUAUUGAAAUACGUUGCUCUGAUAGAAGCAGUACGUAUCACUUGGAACCUGUAAAAACCACCAGAUUUAUUGACAAGAAGUUCUUGUACAGAAAUCGGUUUGUGUUUGACACAUUUGGAUCAUCCAAUGUAGUAUUACCAAACGUGAGCAAGUUGAUUGCAGAUUCUGGAAAGAUGCGAAUGUUAGAUCAAUUAUUGUUUAGGUUAAAAAUGGAAGGACAUCGUGUACUCAUCUUUUGUCAAAUGACCAAAAUGAUUGACCUUCUUGAGGAUUACAUGAUUAAGCGAAGAUACACUUAUUUCCGAUUAGACGGUUCUACAGGAGUGGCAGAGAGAAGAGACAUGGUUGACGCAUUCCAGAACCAACGAGUGGACCCUGUAUUUGCAUUUUUGCUUUCUACCAAAGCCGGUGGUUUAGGUAUUACUCUGACAGCGGCAGAUACAGUAAUCUUUUAUGAUAGUGACUGGAAUCCAACUCUUGAUGCUCAAGCUAUGGAUCGUGUCCAUCGUAUUGGACAAACUAAACCUGUCACUAUUUACAGAUUAAUUACAAAGAAUUCAGUUGAGGAACGAAUUUUAACAAUUGCAAAACAAAAGAGCACAAUUCAAGAAACAGUCUAUAAGGGUCAAUUCAAAAUGCAAGACAAGGAGGAAGAUGUUGACACCUCUGAAAUGGAUGAAGAUGACGACGCAGCAGUUGAAUCAGCAGUUGUCGUUGACGAUGCAGGAGAUUUAGAUGAAAAGGAAAUCAUGUCCCUCAUUUUGGAUUGA